AUGGAUGCGGAGAAGACGUUGCAUGAUGAGAUUGCAAAGCUCGUGCGGAAGAAAGAGGCGCUUGAGCAACAAUGGCGAGAACUGCACGCGGAAACGCUGCAAGCCAAGGGCUACGGGCGUCAGCACCAACAAGAGACUGAUGACGGACGGCGGUUAACGCGCCCAGAGGGGCUCUUUCAGUAUGAUCGUUUGCCGGGAAUAAGCUUUUUCCAACCAAACGAUCCCGAACGCCUGUUCCGUGAAUCAUUGCGCACCAUCGAUGAGAAAAGCGACACCAUCCAACAACCCUCGAUGCCACAACUGCUUGGUGUACGUUUUGACGUAAUGAAACAGUGUGUGCACGAAAACAGCAACACAUCGGCCGCCAAAAAUGCAAGCCCUCGAAACGCGUUUGACGUUCCUCAUUACAUAAUUUUUCGUGUUUCAGACAACUCGUUUGACAUAUACAAGCAUACAUUACCUAACUACAUUCCCAUGCACUCGUUGGCACGCCAAUUCCUCCAAAAAGGCGGCAAAUGCACGAACUUGCGCGCGUUUUUACUUCAUACACAACAGUCCAUCACUGCAUAUGCGUGUCGGCGCGACAUGGUGAAGCAGAUUAAGACGCAGGCACCCAAAUAUGCGGAAAUCCGGGCAGAUCUUUCGUGCACACGCGUCUCCAUUGUCCUGCGGAAUUCGUGGAGAGCAAAAAUCGUGUUUCGCGCUGAUGCUUCUACACGUUUAUUACGCGCUGUCGUGCAUAUACGGUCGUCCCACGGCUGGGAGAAGGCGGCAUUACUCGAAGCACAGCUCGUGCACGAACGCGAAUGGCUUUCGCUUUUGUUGCGCGCCAUUCGUCGCGUCGAGGAGACAAUCGCACUUCAAGAUCCUUCACCUUCUCCUUAA